CUUGUCAGUAAUUUUUUUUUUUUUUACGCUCGAACAAAGUCAAUAUUUUAACUAAGCACCUGAACAUAUGAUAAAGUGUUUCUAUUAGAUAUUUACAGCUCAAAUUUUGGAAAAACUUCUGGACAUGUUUUCAAACACUUUUUACGUGUAUAAGUUAACCAAUUAAAAUAUGUUACCUACUUUAAUUGUACAAAUGAGCCUCAAUUGAAACUGCGUGAGGACUUGCGCCUUAUUAUGGACAAUUUGAUCUUAAGCUACUUGAAGCUUUUCUCUAGAAGUAUCAUCAAAUUGAAAUAUCAAUUACUAUCUAUUUUUUUGUUUUUUUUUUGGUACAUUUAAUUUGUAUUUGUGUACUCAAUGCUUAUACUUCAAAGAAUGUUGAAAACAUAAAUUUCUAGAGGAUGUAUAUCAUUUCACAUAUCUUUUGGAGGAGAUUUAACAAAUAUAAAAACAUAGGAAUAGGUCACAACUUGCCAUAUAAAUAGACAUAUAAAUUCAUGACAUCCCCAUGCUAUGCUCAUAGAGAAAUUACUUUUUGUCAUAUCCCCUAAUAUUGCUUCAAUAUAUUCCCAACCUUUCUCUUCCUAUUAUUCUCACCAUACUUCUCAAAAAUAAUUUAAUCACCAAAUUGUAACAACAAUCGGGUGAAUAUCAAGAGGGUGUACUACUAAAUCAUCAAAUUCGUUCAAGAAAAGCCUAAUCAUGGAUUUACAUGACAUAACACAUUCCAUCAACAACAUUGAAAUGACUCAAUUGCUACCAACCCACAACUCCGUCAUGUACAACUCAUCAUUUGAUCAUGAACCCGCCGUGCCACCACCUCCUUUACCAUCAAUUCAUCGCGAACAAAGUUCAAUGGAAGCGAUGAGGGAGAUGCUUUUCCAUAUGGCGGUGAUGCAGCCUAUCCACAUUGAUCCGGAAUCAGUGAAACCGCCUAAGAGAAAGAACGUGAAGAUAUCGAAGUAUCCACAGAGCGUUGCAGCCAGGCAUCGGAGAGAAAAAAUAAGCGAGAGGAUUCGGAUUUUGCAAAGACUUGUUCCUGGUGGAACCAAAAUGGACACAGCUUCAAUGUUGGAUGAGGCUGUACAUUAUGUUAAGUUUCUUAAGAAGCAACUCAAAUCAUUGGAGCAAGCUGCUGCUAGUGCUAAUAAUAAUAAUAAUAAUAAUAAUAAUAAUUAUAGGUCAAUGGUUACUGGAUUUAACCAUUGGCCUGUGGGUUAUUAUUCAAGAUCAUUGAUGAGUUCAACGAAUGUGCAAAUGCUAAGUUAAUUAGCGAAGUGAAAGAAAUGUAUCUAGGGUUAAUAAGCAAUCUAAAUCGAGUUUAUGUUCA